AAUACCAAUGAAACAUUACGUUAAAUAAGAGAUAAGGUGGAGCAACAAAUAUGGCUGACCGAGAGACAAAGACAGAGAUUUCAAAGGAAGUAUUAGCUCCAGCUGAAGAGAUUAGAGAAGAUCUGGUUGCAACAGCAGUGAAGUUUCUCCAGAAUGCCAAGGUACAGCAGAGUGCCCUCAGUCAGAAAAAAGCAUUUCUACAGAGAAAAGGCUUAACAACUGAGGAAAUAGAGAUUGCUGUGAAGAGAGCUGGGGUCCAGCAGAAUAAUGCUGGUACAACUGCACAGAGCAGCACUGGGUACAAGGAUGUUGUUGCCAUGACACCAGGGACAGCACCUGAUGUACCUGUGAGAGCUGAAGAAGUGAGUAAGUGGAUGAAAGCUAGACAUAUAUUGGCUGUGGUAACCAUGGUUUCCGGAAUAUCAUAUGCAGCUUAUAAAUUAUACAAGGAAUUUCUUGGACCUUGGUUAUUUGGUGUUCAAACAGCAGACAAGCGCCUAGAGAAAUUGGAAAAGAUCGUUGCUGAGUCAGUAACCAAUGUCAACACAACCUUGACCUCUAUAGAGGAAACACUUGGUAAACAACAGGAAAAACUGCAAAUGCUGUCACAUGAUGUGAACAGUAAAAUGGGAGGAGAGAGCAGCCCUGCAGGACAGAACAGUGCCAGUAUUAGUGAGAUCAAAUCAGAACUGUCUUCAAUCAAAGGACUUUUAUUAAACAGGCGACAGUUUCCAGCAAUGCCAACAAGCACCCCAACAUUACCAGCUUGGCAACUUCCUAGUAAUUCAGGAGAUGCUGAUUCUAAUAACAAAGGGAAAAAAGACACUGAGGAAUCAACACCAGAAAUAACAUUGUCAUCAAAUCCUGCACCAGAAAGUCCUGUAAAACAGGAUGAUGAAACAGACUAUAGUGCCAAAGACCAGGAUGUAAGUGAAUUGUCCAUGUCAGAGAAGGAUUCUGGGAUUGUUACUAAAAAUAGUAACACUGAAGCAGAAGUCCUCGAAAAUGAGGCCAAUGGGGGUCAGAAUGUAGAUGAAAGUGAAAAAGAAAGUCAAAGAUCAGAAGUCAUUGUUACAGAAAAUAAUGAUGACAGUGAAGGAAAUGAGAGUCUGGACUAAUUGUAAUGGUGAAACCACAAUAUGUGCCAAGUAAAAAAGUGUUUUAUACAGUACCUAUAUGAUAAAGAAUGUUCAUAUAAUCCAAAGCAAGAAGCUGUGGUUAACUGUCCUGUCAGUUGAAAGUAUGUGCAUGCCGAGUUGCAUGAAUUUAGAUAUUUGGUCAUGUUUUAAACAAGAAUGUCACUGACAUGAAUUUCCCUUUUUUAGCUCACCUGAGCAAUGCUCAUGGCGAGCUAUUGUGAUCACUCUGUGUCCGGCGUCAGUCGGGUGUCCAUCUGUCGUCACCAGUUGUGUUUAAACGACAUCUCCAAAACCAUUGAAUGGAUUUUGAUGAAACUUGGCAUGAAUGUUCCUUGGAUGGUCCUCUACCAAAGUUGUUCAAACGGUUCCGCCAAAGCUAAAAAUAGAAAAAUCUUCAAACGACAUCUCCUCCUAAACUGAUGGUCCGAUUUUGAAAUAAUUUCGUACAAAUGGUCCUUAUGUCACCCACUACUAAGAUUGAUUAAAUUAUACCGAUUCGUCAAAAUACAUGGGCACCAGGGGGCAUGGUCACUUUUCCCUAGUGAAAAUUUAAAAAAUCUUCUUUUGUGGAACUGCUUGCCCGAUUUUAAAAUGAUUUUACACAAAUGGUCCUUGUGUGACCCUCUACCAAGAUUGUUCAAAUUAUUUUAAUUCAUCAAAAAACAUGGCCGACAGAAGGCGUGGUCACUUUUCCCUAUAUGUAUAUAGUGGAAACUUUAAAAAUCUUCUUGUGUGAAACUGCUAGCCCAAUUUUAGAAUAAUUUUACACAAAUGGUCCUUGUGUGACCCUCUACCAAGAUUCUUAAUAAAAACAUGGCUGCCAGGGGGCGUGGUCACUUUUCCCUAUAUGUAUAAAGAGGAAACUUUAAAAAUCUUAGUGUGUGAAACCGAUGGCCCAAUUUUAGAAUAAUUUCACACAAAUGGUCCUUGUGUGACCCUCUAUCAAGACUGUUCAAAUUAUACCGAUUCGUCAAAAAACAUGGAUGCCAGAGGACGUGGUCACUUUUCCCUAUAUGUAUAUAGUGGAACUUUAAAAAAUUUUCUUGUGUGAAACUGCUAGUCCGAUUUUAAAAUAAUUUUACACAAAUGGUUCUUGUGUGACCUUCUACAAAUAAUAUUCAAAUUUUUCUAAUUCAUCGAAAAACAUGGCCGCCAGAGGGCGUAAUCACUUUUCAUUAAAAAUUUCUUUAAACAGUAUCUCUUCCAAAACCACUGAAUGGAUUUUGAUAAAACUUUACACAAAUGAUCUCUUGGUAGAUCUCUUUCAAAAUUUCAUUGAACAUUAGGGUCUUUUUGGUUAAGAAUAGGUUUUUAGCUAUCAGACUUUAAAAAUCUUUCUCUCUAGAGCUUUGAUAUUUGGCAUGUGAUAUAAGGAUUUGACUCUGUACCAUACUUGUCCAAAUUAAUACCCUAAGAUAAAAAAAAAUGGCCAUGCCCCUGUGUCUGACAUGUACUUACUAUAGGCUUUUAUAUAAGAAACAUAGAAUUUCUUCUCUGAAUCAAUAAUAGCUAGAGCUUUGAUAUUUGGCGUGUAAUAUCAGAUUUGUAAUUUCUAUCGUAAUUAUUCAAAGUAUUGCCCUAGGUUCAAAAAUAUUUGUGACAUGUAUAUAAUAUAGGCUAACAUAGAAGAAACCUAACUCUGUUCUGAUACAGACACACUUGAAGCUUUGUACACAGGCGAGCGCAUUAGGGUCAAUGACCCUCCUGUUUGUUUCUUCGCAUUGUUUUAAAUAAGUUUAGGACAUAUUCUUUGCCUGUUUUGUUAGCUCACCUAUCACAUAGUGACAAGGUGAGCUUUUGUGAUCAUCCUUCGUCUGUCGUCUGUGCGUCCGUAGUGGUUUCAUUUAUGAUUUUAUUUUAACCAAACUUGCACACAACUUGUAUCACCAUAAGAUCUCGGUUCCUUUCUUGAACUGGCCAGAUCCCAUUAUGGGUUCCAAAGUUAUGGCCCCUGAAAGGGCCAAAAUUAGCUAUUUUGACCUUGUCUGCACAAUAGCAGCUUUAUGAUUUGAUUUUUACCAAACUUGCACAUAACUUGUAUCACUAUAAGAUCUCGGUUCCUUUCUUGAACUUGCCAGAUCCCAUAAUGGGUUCUAGAGUUAUGGCCCUUGAAAGGGCCAAAAUUAAGUAUAUUGACCUUGUCUGCACAAUAGCAGCUUUAUUUAUGAUUUGAUUUUUACCAAACUUGCACACAACUUGUAUCACCAUAAGAUCUUGGUUCUUCUCUUGAACAGGCCAGAUUCCAUUAUGGGUUCCAGAGUUAUGGCCCCUGAAAGGGCCAGAAUUAGCUAUUUUGACCUUGUCUGCACAAUAGCAGCUUCAUUUAUGAUUUUAUUUUAACCAAACUUGCACACAACUUGUAUCACCACAAGAUGUUGGUUCUUUUCUUCAACUGGCCAGAUUCCAUCAUGGGUUCCAGAGUUAUGGCCCCUUUAAUGUCCAAAAUUUGCUAUUUUGGCUUUUGCAGCCAUAUGGAGACUUCAUUUAUGGUUUGAUUUGAUAUAUAAACUUCCAAAAUAUCUUCAACAACAAUAAAUCUUGGAUUCCAUGAUAAAUCUGUCAGAUCCAAAAAUUAUUUUAUAUCUGAUUACCUCCCCUGAUUGUAAUCAGAAUGGAUUUAUAUCAGUAAGUCCUUAUAUGACUUAUUUGAAAUUUCAUUAUUGUCAUUAGUUGGACUGAGACAAUCUGGGUAGAUAACUAUGGACUGAUUUGUCAAAUUACCUCCCUUUAUUUCAAAUUAAAAUGGGUAUUUCUGUAACUAAUGAAGAUACUGAUCUGAAAUUUCAACAGAAGUACUUGGAGAAUCAGUGAAGAUACAUAUUGACAAAUUACCUUAUAGGACUUAUUUGAAAUUUCAUUAUUGUCAGUAGUUGGACUGAGACAAUCAGGGUAGAUAACUAUGGACUGAUUUUAUGUCAAAUUACCUCCCUUUAUUUCAAAUUAAAAGGGUAUUUCUCUGUAACUAAUGAAGAUACUGAUCUGAAAUUUCAACAGAUGGACUUGGAGAAUCAGUGAAGAUACAUAUUGACAAAUUACCUCCCUUUAUUUUUUAUCUAAAUGAAUACACCUUAGCAGCUUCUAAUGAGAUUGGUUUGAAACGAUCAUAUCAUUUUGAGCAAUGGUACUCAGGUGAGCGAUAUAGGGCCAUCAUGGCCCUCUUGUUUCAGAUUAAAUUCUUUUUUUAUGUUGUCAGGACAAGUUCUUUGUUUGGUCUGGAUUUCUAUAUCCUGCAAAGUUUUUUUUCACCUAGCAAUGUCUUACACUGAGUAUGUUUUAAGAUGAUGCUGAUUUGAUACAGAUUUUUUAUAAACUUAAGUUAAGAAAUUCUGGGUGAAAAAAAAAUGUCACGAUUGAUAUUACCUUUGUAAAACCUUAUACUGCCAUUAGAAAUGGAGAAACAAAAUCCUGAUUUGACAGCAGAUAUUGGACAAAAUUUGAUUUUCAUUAGAUAUAUGAAAAAUCAUCCAGUUGAAAUAUAUGAAGAUUGAAUUUUAUAUUAAUAUAAUUUUUUGAAAGUCAGUGGCUUGUAAAAUCCUAACCUGGUCUACAUUUGCCUAGUUAGCAAACUCGUGGAAAUCAUGUACACACAUUCACGUACAUAAUACAUGUAUAUCAUUAAAUGAU